AUAGUGCUUUGUUUUGCAGCUCUCUGAUGCAUUACGGUCAAGCUUGAUGGGAGCUGUGUGGCCAGUUUCAGCUGCAGCUUCCCAUUCAGCCCCAAGUCCUCCCCGUUUCCCCAGAGGUUAAGCCAGAAAAGAUAGCCAACGUGGAGAAAUGGGGUGUCAGAGGCAUUAUUCAGUGGGUGAGAUCCAGACUCACUGGCACAAUGUCUUAAAGACGUGUGCUUGUUUUUUGGCUCCUGUGGCCCCGCUCGUGCCUGAUACCUCCUAAGAGAGUGGCUGAGCUCCUUCUGGCUCCUUCCAUUGAUGCCCCUGAUAGCCAGCUUUAUGGAACCCAAGAGGUCUACUAGGGGGAUGGUCAGAGAAUGUGGGAUCCCUCAGCCCCAGCCUAAGAACAUCAAGAGUGAGAAAGUCAGCCGGUGACUGUCAAUUCCUGUCAUCACUAGCUGGCAGGAUGUGGACCCCUGGCAGUUGUCACUGUUGUCACCUCUAUUGUGCCUCACAGGGCACUCAAACCAUUACUCUCCUGGUUAUUUCUGGGGUGGUGGACCUGGAUGACUAGAGCUCCUGGGUCCCUCACCUGAAUGCUUCUGCCAAAAAGGGUGUGGGUGUGGUGUGGUGUGUAAAGGGCAACAGACAUCUAGACCUUCCAGGUGAGGGGUUAGCGGACCCAAGAAAAGGAACUAGGUAGGCCCAAGGCCUCAGGCAUUUGAUGGCAAAGACUACUGGAAUUGGAGUCCAGUCUCUGCCUCCCAGUCUAGCAUUCUUAGCCCACUGCCUUUCAGUAGAAUGAACCCUUUAAUCCCGUGUUUACUAGUUGAGCAUUUAUUGAGCACCUACCACGUACUAGGCAUAAGUCCAAAAGGCAGCCACAGACAACUUAGGACAGCACAGAGACCUCUCUUGCUGUGAGCAGCCCUGGGUCCUGCAGGAACCUGGAAGAAGGGGAAUUCCCUUAACCUGAGGAGGCCAGGAGAGGCUUCUUGGAGGAGGUGAGGUUUGAGUGGAGUCUAGAAGGCUGGUUAGUAGUUAACCUGGGGGGAAGUGUUGAAGACAAAGGAAGCAGGUGACAUGCAUGGCAUGUUCCUGGCACUUCACCAGCAAAGUGUGCUCUCCAGGUGGUGGUCCGAGAAGGGUCGGCAAGAGCAGAUCACUGUCGUGUUGAGUUUGGGCUUUGUCCUGAAGCUGGUGUGCAGAGACUGAAGGAUUGUAAGCAGCAAUGGCAAUGUUGCUUCAGUUGCGGUUGGAAGCACAGAUUGGGAGGGCUUAGCCUGGACCCAGCUGAAAUACUUUGGGUAAAAAAUAAGGGGGGCUUCACUAGGCCACAGCUGUGGGAUGGGAAAGGAGGCAGUGGCUGCCAGAAACAUUGAGCAGUUAGAAUCCAGAGCUUUUGGAGAGCAAUUGGAGGCGGUCAGUCAGUGAGAGACAGGGAGGUGUCUGGGGGUGGCUGUGGGUGAUGGUCUUCCUGGACACAGAGGAAGCAGGUGGAAAAACCAGGUUAGAGGCAGAAACAAUGUCUAGCUUUUGGACACGGCGUGUUUAUGGUGCCUGUGGGAGGACACCCAAGAGAAGAGCAGAAGACAGCUGGGUGCUUGGUCUGGAGAAUCAGGGAACUGCAGAGAGCUCCACUGGGGGUGGAGUCUGAUAUUUGGAAUCAAAGGCAGGGAUUAUUAACUUCAGAUAAAGCUCAGUGAGGCUAAGCAACUUGUCCAUAGUUACAUGGCUAUGGAGCAAGGACCUGAACUCCAGUCUUUGGGGUUCAGGUUCUGUGGUGCCUGUGAGCCUCGGGUCUCGUGCUAAUGGCCCUGCUGCAGCAUCUGCAAGGGGAGGAGGCUUGGGGAGGAAGAAGCAGGUGUCUGAAUAUAUGUUUGUCUCCUCUUCGUGUGCCUUCUGCCUGAAAUUGCAUUUGCCCGGAACUCGCAGGCGGGGGCAUUUCUAGGUGGUUUGGAGAUCUUGAGAGAUGAAGCAAGAAGAUUCUUGUCUUUUGGUAACCACAAGCCCUCAACUGAUGUGCAUUUAGCACGUUGGUGGUUGUCAGCAUGUGAGGAUUUUUUUUUUUUUUUUAGAUUUUAUUUAUUCAUGAGAGACACUGAGAGAGGCAGAGGAAGAAGCAGGCUCCCCACGGGGUGCCCAAUGUGGGACUUGCUCCUGGGACCCUGGGAUCAUGCCCUGAGCUGAGGGCAGAUGCUCAACCACUGAGCCACCCAAGUGUCCCAGCAUGUGAGGAUUUCAACAACCUUGAAGUUGACUGGGAUUAGGUCUGGAGAGGCCUGGUACUACCAUCAAAGCCACCUCAGGGAGUUGGGAACUGAGGCACCGGGGACCCCUCUUAUCUGGGACCCCUCAUCUCCUUCCUUGCCUAGUAGCUUCCGCCCAGCUUCUGAGCUGAGGUCUGAGAGGCCUCAGUCCUGGGUGUGACCUCUAUAGCCCAGGAGGAAUGGGUGUUCCAGCUGGUACCCUACAGAAAAAUCUUGUCUUAGCUCCAAUAAUCACAUCCUCAGAAAAAUGUGCCUUGACUCCCUUCUAAAUCAGGCCUUCCUACCUACUGUCUCUCAGGGGUUUGUUUUGGUUUUAUUUUUUGACGUGUAUAUUUCUCUCUCCCACUAGACCGUAGGCUCCAAAAGACCCAGACUGGGUCUGUUUUGUCUCCUUGGCCUAUUUCCUAACUCCUGACUCAUAUUUGUUAAAUAAAUGAAUGAGUGCCCCCUAAGACCCAGGCACCAGGCCUGGCAGCAGAGGCAGCUCUUGUCUAUUUACUGAAUAUGUUCCAGAAAGCAGAAUGUCACUUUCAAUUCUGCAAUUGGUGGUGAUAGUUCGGGGGAGGGGGGGGCAGGAUGCACUAGGGGGUUCCUCCCCCCACCCCGGAAACAGAUGGUAAAAGUGCUUAAAAUAUUGCUGCUUCCCCAGCACCCUUCUGUGCCCCCACACUAUCGCACCCGGCACUCCUUCCCUGGGCUGAAAUGGGCUCUGGUAGACAAUUCUUCUUCCCUCUAACUCCAAGCACCAAGGCGGUUGGGAUGAGAAUUCCUUAUUUAGCCAACUGUUUUCCCUCUUCUCUCCAUUCACUUCCCAGCCUUCCUCAUUCCUCUUCAACUUGCGCUCACACUUCUUUUUUAAUGUUCCAAACACCACUUCUCAGGCUAUGCAUAACUCCUUGUACUUCUCCCCAAUAGCAACAUGUUCCUACUGUGUGCCAGGCACUGGACCAGGCCAGGAGUGUGCAGGGGAGAACACAAGUGAACAAGACAUGAACCCCACCCUCCAGGCCUCACAGCUGAUUGGCCAAAGCAGGCCAGUCUACAAUCUCAGGGUAGAGCGAAGCCCCACCUGUCUGGAGAACCAGGCCAGGGCUUGGGGAAGUGGGUGGCUUUUAUGGCAGGCAGUUAAAGGCUUUUAGGAAUCCUUUCUGAAAAGGUGAAAGACAUUCAGGUGGAGGAAACACGGAAGCAAAAGCACCAUUGGAAGGAGCUGGACGUCUGUGGUUUAAGCAAAGAAGGAAAUUCACAAGAGUCCCCUCCUCCAGCCUGGCUCUCUCUUGGCUCAUGUUCUCUUCUGCUGGCUCAUGGCAUCCGGUACCCCCUCUGUAGGGUCUCUAGUUGAGAUCUCUCUUUUGGCUGGAUCCCUACCUUCAGUUGCCCGUCCCCGGGGUCUGGGAGCUGUGCCUGAGCAGUCGGUUUGCCAAUGAGUCAUAGAAGCAGUACUGAUUUAUUCCUAGGAGUUGCCUGUCACCAAGGGACCUACCAGACGAAGGGAGACCCUGCCCUUCCCUAAGGGAACUCACCUUGAGUGAAGUGGCCUACAAGAUCCAUACUAGUGAAACCACUAGAGACCUGUUGAGGGUAGGAGCAUUCUCUCAGUUCAGAGAGGAUCAGUGAGCCGUCUACUCCGCACAGCUGGCAAGUGCAGAAGAACACAAGGUUAUCAUCGUGGGACUGGACAAUGCAGGAAAGACCACCAUUCUCUACCAGUUCCUGAUGAAUGAAGUGAUCCAUACAUCUCCCACCAUCGGUAGCAACGUGGAGGAGAUUGUUCUGCAAAAGACACACUUCCUCAUGUGGGACAUAGGGGGACAGGAGGCUCUGCGCUCUACCUGGAACUCAUACUACUCCAACACGGAGUUCAUCAUCCUUGUGAUUGACAGCACGGACCGGGACCGGCUGCUGACCACUCGAGAGGAGCUGCAUAAGAUGCUGGCCCAUGAGGCUCUGCGAGACGCUUCCGUCCUGAUCUUUGCCAACAAGCAGGAUAUGAAGAACUCCAUGACCACCGUGGAGAUCUCUCAAUUCCUCACUCUUAGCGCCAUCAAAGACCACCCAUGGCACAUACAGGGCUGCUGUGCCCUCACCGGGGAAGGGUUAGUGGCUGCCCCACCUGGACCUCCAGGGUCUGGCCCAACCAAUGAACAGCUGACCAUCAGAACCUUCUCCUGUUUCUCUCCUGUCAGAAUCUGGCUCACUGUUAGCUCCUGGGCCAAGUCAGUUGAGCACUCACUUAACAGCUGAGGUGCUGUGGGUAAGCGGUGAGCGAGAUAGCGUGGCUGCUCUCAGGAGGCUUAUUCUAGUAGGGGGAGAGUCACCUCUCUCUAAGCACAAACAUUUUAGGUACUGAGAGGUGCCAUGAAGGAAGUGAGAUUGGAUUAAAAGUGAUAGAUGGGGCAGGAUUGGGUCUGAUUUAGCCCUGGUGGUCAAGGACAACCUCUAUUAGGAGGUGACCUUUGGGCCAAGACCAGAAUGGAGAGGAGCGGUCAUGGGAAGACCUGAAGGACAAGUCUUCCAGACAGAAGUCACUGAUUCUUUCCAACCUUGAGUUUUCUCAUCUGUAAGGAGGAAGAUGAUUAUCCUACUCCCUCUUCGAGUUUCUGUAGAGAGCAAAUGGUAUCAUUUAUUCAACAUGUAUCAAGCACCAAAUUUGUGCUAAGAACUUUUCUAGGCACUGGAGAAACAGCAGCAAACAAAACACAAACCUCCCUGCCCUCAUGGAGCUUACUCGCCAGUGGGAGGGAGCAGACAAUAAACAAUUAAGAAGAAUUGAUAGCAAGUUAAAAAGUGGUGAGGCUUGGAAAAGAUCCAGUAGGAAAGGGAGAUUGAAAGUAUGUGGACAAAUGUUGCAAUUUUAGAUAAGGUACCAGGAAGGGGCCACCAAGAAAGUAGCUGCUGAAGGACGUGAUGGAAUGAGGUCACGAGGUCACGAUCACGUAGAAAGAGCUUCGAAUCAGGCCUGGAAAAAAAAAAAAAUCUCUUUCCUCUUCUCUCUCAAGUGGGAUCACAGCAGGCUGGGGACCUAGGUGUCUGGAGACUUUAGGCAGGUCUGCCCAAGGACCCACACAUUUCUUGUAGUGUCCUUGCCAUUCCCUGCCCCAACCCAUAUCCAUCUCCUCUGCUAGACUGUAAGCCCCAGAGGGUAUGUCUGUGUUUUCACCAGUAACCCCAGCUCCUAGCAUAGGACCUGAUGCAUAGUGGGUACUCAGUCGGUUUAUAUUUGUUGAUUGGGAGAUUGGGUGAAACUUUGGUGGUCCCCUCAAUCAGCUCUGAGUUGGGGCUGGGGCCUUGGAGGCUGUCAUCCUCACAGGAUAUAUUGAUCCUUGCCGUGUUCCCUCCUCUCUGCAGGCUGCCUGCGGGGCUCCAGUGGAUGCACUCUCAGGCCACCGCCAACUGAUGUCCUGACCUGAGGCUAACCAAAAACUUUGGGGGUUUUGCUUGGCCUUCAUGGGUGGAAAACCCAAGUGACUAUUAUUUUUCUACGAUUCUCUGAUGGCCACUGGGACAGCAAUGGAUAGUGAGAUUGCCACAGUCCAACCAACCCUGCCACUGAGUGGCUAGGCUGCCCACCCUGAAUUGCUGCAGAUGGGACAGCAGAAGAGCUGCCCUUCACUCAGUGGAAGCAGGUGUCCUUGGAGGCACAGGCAAGCUGUUGGGCACAUCAAGGGAUCGGGAAGUGGAGCCCCAUCCCCUCAGCCCACAACCCCAAGGAAAAAAAUGGGUGACAGAGUUAAGAGACCCCUGGAAUUGGUCUUUAUUUCCUAGGACCACCCCCUGCCAUCCCUUGAUUCCUGCCCCAGCUUUCUGGCCCCUUAGCCAUCUUUGAGCAAAGGAGAUUCCAGAAAGGUGAAAGGACAGGCUCAGGGGAAGGAGGGGAGAGCCAAACACUGGUGGGAAGGGAGAAGGAGAAGAAUGGGACAUCCCAGGCGGAAUAGUCCCUUGCACUGUGGGGAGUUCCACUCUUCCUUGCCUUUCUGUUCCCUCUGAGGUGCUGGCUCUGACCACAGCUUUUGAGUGGUGAGCCGUCCCAUCCUAGGCCCUCCAGUCCUUCCAGUGUGAAUCUCACGCCUCCCAAAUGUCUUCAAUUUCCACAGUGUGCCUGUCUCGAUGGUCUUUUGUAAUGAUUUUUUCAUUGUUUUAGAGUUUUUUUAAUACAAGUGUAAUAAAUGCCAUUGAAAACUGUUCACUUCUUA